CAGCGCUCGACGAAGCACUUCGACGCAGCCUCAAAGUAGAAGCGUUAGAUCCAAGGACAACAGCUCCUCGAAAGGUGCCCACAAUGCUUCUCCUCGACUACCAGAACGUCCUGAUUCAAUCAGUGCUUACAGAACGAUUCUCAGGUGCUGCCCCAGUCAACAUUGACCAGACAGUCUCGGAUUUCGACGGUGUCACUUUCCACAUCUCUACGCCGGAGGCAAAGUCCAAAAUCGUUGUGUCUAUACAGGUCAGGUGCUAUGGUGAACUGUUGAAGUACGGCGCACAGCAGGUGCUGGAACGCGAAUAUGGCCCGUAUGUGAUUGCACCGGAAAGUGGCUACAAUUUCUCUGUGCAAGUAGACUUGGACAAUCUUCCAGAAGAGAAAGAAGCCAGAGACGAUUUGAUUCGAAGAGUGUCUUUAAUGAAACGAAACGCAAUGGCAGCACCGUUCGAGCAUGCUUUUGAUGAGCAUCACAAGCUAGCAGAGGAGGCAUCCAAGUUUACUUCAGAAGAGGCACCGCAAGGAGUUCGAGAAGGCGGGGAUGUCAUGGCUAUCCACUAUCGGGAUGAGGAAGCAAUCUUCAUCAAGGCUAGCCACGACCGAGUUACAGUGAUCUUCAGUACCAUAUUCAGAGAGGAAACGGACAGAGUCUUUGGCAAGGUCUUCAUUCAGGAAUUCGUUGAUGCGCGGAGAAGGGCAAUACAGAAUGCUCCUCAAGUUCUAUUUCGAACCGAUCCUCCAUUGGAGCUUCAAGGGGUUCCAGGUGUGAAAGAUUCCGGGAAUGGAGAGAUUGGCUAUGUUACUUUUGUCCUCUUCCCAAGACACCUGACUCGCCAACGUCGGGAUGAAGUGAUUUCACACAUUCAAACCUUCCGAGAUUACUUCCAUUAUCACAUCAAAGCCUCCAAGGCCUACAUCCAUUCGCGAAUGCGCAGACGAACAGCUGAUUUCUUGCAAGUCUUACGUAGAGCACGCCCAGAGAAUGAGGAAAAGGAGAGAAAGACGGCAAGUGGAAGAACAUUCAAGCAGGGAUGAUUGGCCAAUUGAUCCAUUUGGGAGCCCAUUAAAAAAAUCCUCUUGUUACAUCCUUCACGCAUACUCCAAAUCCCAAGCUUAUCAGACCGUGGUAUCAUUCCAUGUACAACUCCAAGAACAUGCGCACAAACAAAACUACUAGGAAUACAGGAACAGUUUCCACCAACUGACAUCUCCGUUCUCCCUUUUGUAAAAUUGGGUGUAGACCCCUGCUGAAGAACUGCGACAUGUCAAUCAAAUUGCACUCUACACCAGUAAAAUAUGAUCAGGAACUUACUUGGCGUGAUCGAUUCUCUUUUGCAACUUCUUGUCCUUUUUCUCCUGCUCUUUUUGAGCCUUCGCCAUUCUCUCUUUUCGUUCUCGUUUCUUCUCUGCCCUUUCCUCUUCCGGCGUGAGCUUUACAGGUGGUUCGACGGCUGCUGGCUUGAAGCCAAGUUUCUCCUUCCACGAAUUGGGCAUGGCAGGCAGAUUUUGGUGGAUCUAAGAGAGCGUAGUAUAGAAGAUUGCCGAGGGCGACGCUGUCAACGGGCCCUUCGUAGUUGAUUCUGGAUGAGAUGUGGCAGCAGGAAGUGUGUGAUGCGGUAUGUCGAUAACGAUACGACUUCGAAGGGCAAGGGGAAUUAUUCAAGAUGUUCUACUGCCUCGAUAUGGAUGGACGUUGAGAAUGCUCCGUUACGCUGAGUUAUCUGAAGUUAUAUACAACAAUGCUCCUCAAGCCACUUGAUUCUGCCUGCCGAGAGAGGCUUGUAGUAGUUUCUUGGUAUUUUACGAAAGUCGAGGCUGUUUCCGAGGCUGUCUCGACCAGAGGGUGGCGCAAGUGGCAAUCCCUCGAGGCGUAGUUACUUGGCACCAACUAAUGAUGGCCAGCACUCGCAUAAUCGAAUCUAUCGCAACUGGAAGAGAGCCGCAGGAGAAUUGCUUGUCCAUGGGCACAGGUUAUGAAAGGAGGUUUUAAUUGAUUAUGCCCCUUUUCUUACCCUGGAGAAGAGGUGUUCCGCUUGGAGCAAGCCAUUGGUCUCCUUACUACCUACCUUCCUUAAUGCCCCAAACACCAUUCGGAGUAGGUAACAAAAGCUGGAAAGCACUCAACAUACCAACAGUUGUUCGCAUGCCCAUCAGGAAUGGAGACGUGUCUGAAGAUUGUAUCUCCCUGAACUUAUUAUUG